GUCCCGAGCACGGAUGGAAAGGAUCCGCUUGACACAAUCUGUUUUGGGGGGAGAGAAUGUUUCCGGCGUGGGAUAGCUUCGUGGGAUGCCUCUCUUGUGUGGCAACUCCAUCUCCACCCAAACAAAUCAUACCAACUAUAUCUCUCUUUGUCGCCAAAGCAAGCAUUGGAAAGAGUCCUUGUUGUUGCUGUUGUUGCUGUUGCUGUAGCUGAUUGUCCCACACAAUUGAGAUGAGCCGUAGUCCGAAAAAGUCGUUUAGCGACUUGGAUGCCGUGUUUGGACGGCGAGGCGGGUUGAGUAUUAAAAACACUCUGUUUCGGACGUUGAUCCGGAGUCAAUCGGGUGACUACUGUGCCAUUGAUCAGCAUUUGGCCAGUGACAAGCGGCGCUAUGUCGUUCAACAUGUCAUGGAACCAUUGAUUGCUGCGGGUGGCAAACUCUACUUGUCCGAUGACACGGGCGUCCGCGAGCUUUCUCCCAAACGACCCAAAGAUCUCUUGCUGAUUAUCACCAAAAUCCAACAGGCACUCCGAGACGAAAAGAAAAAGAUUCUCAAAAACAGUCAGAAAGCCAAAAAGACCAAGAAGAAGAAGAAGACCAAGAAGGAACCGUCAUUGCCAGCGGUCACUCCACCAGUGUCCUCAUCAUCCGCCAGUCGUCACGUUUGGUCUCCCACGCAACUUCAACCACAAGAAGAAGAAGAGGAUUCCAUUCUCGACGAGACGCCCGUCAACAACACGCGGGGGCGGACACGACGACAGCGGCAACAGGAAAAGAACACUAAGAAGACAUCACCAUCACCACCGCCGCCGCCAAGUAGUAGUCACUACUACUCCUUGCCAUCCGUUCCAUCCGUCUCACCCACUCUGGAGCUCGCGGCAUCGCCCGCGCCGCAAGAUGACGAUGACACUACUUCGUCGUUCUCUUCCACGCAAGAGGAAGAGCUGGACGAUGAUGAUGAUACCACGGUGGACCAGUUUGCGGAUGCGUCGGAGGAAGACAGCAGCAGCAGCAACCGCAAUGCCAACCAUUCUGCCGAUGAGGUUGAUCAUGACAUGGUCAAGGAGUUGUUUGGGGCAUUGCGAAGUGGCAAUUGGGCUUCUUCUUCUUCCUCCUCCUCCUUAUGAAUUGGCACCAACCAAAACAAAACAAACACAAACACUACCAAGAGCAAGCUAGCUAGCUACCUGGCUGGCUAACUAUCCAAACAAACGCACAAGCAACAUGGGCCCAGAGGGGAUUCGAUUAAAUCCCUUCUUAUACUAUUUUACAUGACUACACUACACCAACCAACCAACCAACCAAACCAAACAGCGCACUAGAGAUGAGCUGAUUUCGACAGAUUUUUCAUUUGGAAUACAAACAAAAACAGGAACAAGAACGAAAGCAAUGAUAUAUGGGAACAGUUAUAGACAGACACAACUUAUUAGGAACAAGAAAGCAAACUGGAUUACAGUAUAAAACAUUAUAUAUUUAGAGAAACCAAGACAACACAUUCCUUUUCCUCCAACAUACAUGUAGUGGUAGUCAUCCCAAAUAAAUGCACUCAAACAUA